AUGUUGGAUACUUCUACCAUAACUUAUACAAAACAUAAUCAAUUUAUAGUAUCAUAUAAUGUCAAGGAAUGGUUAAAACCAUUUAAUUUUAAUUCAUUUGGUAAAAUAUCAUUCAGGGAAUUAUGUGUUGUAUUCGGUUUAAAAUAUGAAGAAAUGAUUAUGGAAAAGAAAGAUCGAGAGAAUAUGGCUGCUGGUUUAUCACCUAAACUAGAUUCAGAUAUUACCAUUUUUUCUACUUCAAUGUCUUUACAAAAACAAGUUGAUAUAACAAAUUUAUUUAAAGAAAUGUUGAAUAAAAAGUAUACUGAUGAAAAAUCAAUAAUUUUAAUAGUUAAUGAUAUUAAAAAAUAUUUAGAUGAGAAAUAUGGUAAAUUAUGGCAAGUAUUUAUAAUUGAUGGAUCAUUCUGGUCAAAUUUUAGUCAUGAACCUUUUUUAGCAAUAGAAUUCAUGUAUGAUAAAUUUCGUUGUGUAAUUUGGAGAAGUCCAGUAGAUUAA